UUGAUAUUCUCUACAAGACUACAAUGGAGAUAUUGGAAUUAGCCGUGUUGAUAUUUGCCGUCAUAUCAAACCCUAAUUAAAUCAAAACUGGAGUUUUCUUUUCCCUUCCCCUUCAAGUCUAACAAAUUGAUCGACCCAACAAAAGAAGUAUUAUCUUUUCGGUGGCUCAUCAACAAAUGACGACGAUAAGUCGUCAUUUUUUCGGCGACUCUGAGAAAACCGCCUUCUCCGUAUCGAUCGUUGAGAACAUGAAAGAAGACUAUGGCUUGUUCGUUUGGCCUUGUAGCAUCGUAUUGGCCGAGUAUGUUUGGCAACAGAGAUCUCUCUUUUCCGGGAACGAUGUAGUCGAGCUUGGAGCAGGAACUUGCUUACCUGGAUUGAUAGCUGCCAAAGUUGGCUCCAAUGUCACCCUUACCGACGAUGCAAAUAGAUCGGAGGUGCUGGAAAACAUGAGAACAGUCUGUGAACUAAACAAACUGAAGUGUGAAGUAUUAGGACUAACAUGGGGAAGUUGGGAUGAAUCCAUAUUUAGUUUACACCCGAAAAUUAUUCUUGGGGCUGAUGUUCUUUAUGAUGCACGAGCCUUUGAUGACCUCUUUACUACUGUGACAUUUCUGCUUCAAAGUAAUCCAGGCUCGGUUUUCAUAACAACUUAUCAUAAUAGAAGCGGUCAUCAUCUUAUUGAGUUCCUAAUGGUCAAAUGGGGACUCAAAUGUGUGAAACUUGUAGACGGUUUUUCGUUAUUGCCAUCCGAUAAGGCAGCUAGGCUUAGUGGAAACAUUCAGUUGGCUGAAAUUGUGUUGAGCCAUGAGCAGAUUGAGGAAACUUCUUCCUCUGGUGCUAUAUGAUCAUGUUUUCAAGUCGAGUAAUAUAGUAACACUUCGUUGUUGCAGACAAUGGCCGGAAACUAUUUCCAUUUUAUGUUUAUGAUUUGUUAGAAAAUGGCUUGUCAAAUGUUGCUCUUAGUUUCACUCCGAGUAUUCUAUCAUUGAGGCAUAUGUAUGUCCUGCCUGUCGAGUCGAGCUGAUGUUGAACCCGGAGAUACCGCAUGGAACCAUUUGAUCUUAGAUGCGCUUUCCCUAGGUUAACUCUUUGAUCCGCACCCUUAAAUACCAAGUCUUUUGUUUUCGAAUUUCUGGGCUAUUGAAGGACCCUUAGUUGCUCCACCAUUAUUUGUUUUGUUUUUGAUGAGGCUAAUAGUACUUAACCUUGCUGCAUAGUGUCUAUGACUCUAUAUCAUGUGCCCUUAGGGAGGGCCAAAAUACAUGAAACUGUUUUUGACCCUAUUUUACAAGGUCCAAAUUCCUUUCUAAAUUCGUGUUCGGGAUGAGUUUUGUGAAAUAAUGAGUUCGAGCUGAAUUUAGGAUAA